AUUUUUUACCAUAUUUUUUAUGGUUUUUACCAUAGUGCCAUUAUAGGCACAAGAAACAGGUAUGUUCCCAUAGUGGUCGUAGUUGACUGUACAAAUGACAGUCAGAAAACGAGAAGUAAACAACAUUUCAGAAUGGAAUCUGCAUUGACAAAAGGACCCAGAUAUGAUGAAACGGCCAUCUCCUGUUGCAUAGAGCUGAUAACCUCUAAACAAAAAACCGUGUAUGGAGCGUGCAAGGCUUACGGUAUUCCUCAGUCUACCAUUCGGUAUCGGAUGAGUGAAAAAUGGUCAUCUAAAGUACGAAAAGGACCACGCACAGUGCUUACAGAAGAUGAGGAGCGAAAACUUUAACAAUACUUGAUUGCUAUGGGGAAAAAGGGUUUCCCGGUUGUAAAGGAGUUGUUGCUACACAAAGUUAAAUCGUUCUUGGAUUCCAAUUUACGCAAAACCCCGUUUAAAAAUAAUGUUCCAGGUCGCAAAUGGAUGAAAGGGUUUCUUCGUCGACAUCGUGAGAUUGCCAUCCGAACUCCGGAAACUGUUUCUUCUGCAAGCGCUAAAGUAUGUGAAGCUGAUAUUCGUGGAUGGUUUGCAAACCUUACAUCGUAUCUGGAGGAAAAUAACCUAAUUGAAGCAACAUUAGAUCCAACAAGAAUCUACAACGGCGACGAAACAUCGUUUUUCUUACAUCCUCAGACAAAAGCUGUGUUUGCUAAUCGUGGCAGCAAAAAUGUCUAUGAAUGCGAACACGCUGACAGCCACAAAAACAUAACAGUAAUGUUCACAUUCGGAGCCGAUGCAGAUAUUAUUGACCCAUGCGUGAUGCUCCCUAUGAAACGCAUACCUGCUGAUAUACUACGAGAGUUUCCUGCAAACUGGGGCGUCGGCAAAAGUGAAAAGGGGUGGAUGGACACUCCCGGUUUCAUGCUGUACAUCCGGGAACUAUUUUACCCCCAUCUUCUCAAGAAAAAGGUGAAGUUUCCUGUGCUACUUUUCGUGGAUGGUCAAUCUUCCCAUACGGCGGCAGAGGUUGCCGAAUUAUGUUUGAAAUUGGGUAUCGUUUUAAUAGCGUUGUACCCCAAUACUACACGAAUCACGCAACCAGCAGACGUAGCUAUAUUCAAACCCCUUAAGAGCGCCUGGAAAAGUGCUGUGUCGAAUUGGCGGAUGGAAAAUGGUGGUGUUAAUUUGCUGAUAAAACACUUUUCAAGUGUAUUGCAAGAGGCAAUGGAAAAAGGAAUACAACCAGCAAGUAUCAAAAACGGAUUCAAGGUUUGUGGACUUUUUCCUUUCGGUCCUGACAAUGUUGAUUAUGACAAGUGCAUUGCCCGACUGGUUAAACAAAGUGAAGUCAAUACUACCGAAUCUACCAUCAUGGAUCCAGCAUCAUGUUCAGCUGAGAUGCCUUCUGAACUGAUUGCUUCACUCAAUCCUGGUAUCGUUGUUAUUUCAACUGAAAAAAAUCAGGCUGCAAUACAAUGUAUCGGAAGGGAACGCAUCAUGAAAUUCAAUGAAGGCCUCGUCGAUUCGGAGGAAGACGAAAUCAUCGAACGGCUAUAUGAAAUUAUGUUAUUACCGUUCGAUUCGCAAAAUAUGCAAUCUGCCAGCGAACUUAUGCAAGAGGCAUACUCAGGUAGUACAAUUCUUAAAGAGGAAUCAGUAUUUGUCGAGGAGAUUGGAUACUGUCUGUUGGAAGAGCAAAGUGAAGCAUCCCAGAACAUACUGCGCGAACCAAAUCGAGAUGAUGUUGCAUGUCGAAAAAUGAGCAUUUCUGAGUUGUUACAAACGCCACCAACUCCUCACAGGAGUAACACUCACAGAAACUUUAAAAGAAAAUAUCACCCAGUUUUGACGGCAUCAGACCGGCUGGAAGAAAUUUACCGCAUUAAAGAGGAGAAAGAAAAUGUGGUAGAUAGAAAAAAAGCUAAAGCAGAAGAAAGAAGGCUCGCAAAAAUUCAGACAGAGCAGUUGAAAACCGAAAAGGCAACAAUCCGAAAACAAAGAAGAGAAAAGGCGGAAAUGGAGAAAAUUGAAAAAGAAAACCUUCGUCGACAAAAACAGGAGGAGGCUCAAAAGAAGAAGAAAAAAAUAGACAAGGGAAAACGGACCAACUUAAAAAAAACGUAAUCAACAAAAACGAUGAUACUGUACUGCACUAAGUUGGUAAUAUAAAAUUUAGCCUUUUUUGUUAUGCUCUUGUAUUGAACUGUUUUUUUCUUUUGUUUUUUUAUGAUAAAUCUUUCUAUGUAAAACAUAAUCCUCUUUUUAAUAUUUUUUUUAAAUUCUAAAUAUUGCAAUGCUGAAUAAAUAUAUAAGAAUUAAGCCUUAGCUAUGUAAUCAGA